AGCUGAUUAUAUGGUUGUGCUGCUACUAUACUGUUUUCUGUAUAUAUCGAUUUGCCUUAAAUGAAGAAUCUCAAGGGAUUUUUGAGAAAAUCGCUGCACACUGUGACAAGAAGCUCCAUUACAUUCCGCUGCAGUUUAUGUUGGCUUUUUUCGUCGCAGUUGUAAUCGAUCGGUGGAGAAAGAUCUUCAAUAAUAUGGGAUGGAUCGAAAAGU